GUCGCGAUCGUGGCGCUAGCGAUCGAAAUGGCUGCCAGCGGCCCAGCCAGGGACAAUCUCUUUGCAUUGUAGCUCCUCUCCUUGGAAAUCUGGAAGAAUCACAGAAAUUCUAGCUCUAGAUUGAUCAAUCGAAGCGUCUACCUCUCUGGAAGAAAGACUAGGGCUAGCGCUCCUCGAGGCGCUGGAGAUGACCACCACAUUGGCCAUGGAAGGCGCGAUAGCUGGACAUUCUAGCUCAAAAUCUCGCCAGGAGAUGAGCGGUUGCGAUCUUCGCGCGGUGGCCGCUGCCCUAGAAUUCAAUCCGUCCGUCGAUAUGGCAAUGGUGGCCCGUUGCUGCGCCAUGCGCCUAGCGUCUUCGCGCGGCCUCUCUUCUUGUUCUUCUCCCCGAUCGCCGAUCCACUCGCAGCCGUCUCGAUCGGCGCUGGCGCUCUGUAAUCGGCAUUCUGGAGGUGGGCUGGAGCAGCGUCGAUGCGAUUCGUCUCGAAAUUUCGCCAUCGGGAGCUUUUCUCGAUCGGCAGCUCGUCGGCCGUGUAUGGCUCUCGGCCCCAAGCAUCCAGCGCUGGAAAUGGGAGGGAUUUUCAAGGGCGUGUCGACGACGCAGACGAUCCAGCAGCACAGCUCGGUGGCGGGAGCGCUUCCGGACGAGAAUGAGGAGCAAGGGCUCAUCUCCGGUGGUUCUUUGAGGAGCGACGAUGGCGCUGGUGGUGCUGGACGUGGUGGAAGUGGCGGUGGUGGCGGGGGACAGGGUGAUCAUCAUUCACAGAGUGGAGGAGGAGGAGGUGGAAAUCCAGUUCUUGCGUGGUACAUGAAAUUGCUCGAGGAGAGGCCUGUAACAACGAAGGCAGUGACAGCGGCUAUACUGACUUUCAUGGGCGAUCUAUUCACCCAGCUUGUUAUAGAAAAAUCUGGUGGCAUUGACAUCAAGCGGAUUGUCGUGAUCACAAGUUUGGGAUUGAUGCUCGUAGGCCCUACGCUUCACUUUUGGUACUUGACUUUGAGCAAAGUAGUGAAAAUCGGUGGAGUGAAGGGAACUGGCAUUCGACUUUUCCUUGACCAGCUUUUCUUCUCCCCGCUCUUUAUCGGAGUAUUUUUCAUUUGCUUGCUUACAUUGGAAGGGCGGCCUUCAGAUAUCGGUCCGAAACUAAGCCGGGAUUGGCCAUCAGCAGUCAUUACCAAUUGGAAGUUGUGGGUGCCGUUCCAGUUUAUCAACUUCAUGUUCGUUCCUCAGAAGCUCCAGGUCGGUUUUAGCAAUAUCGUUGCUCUAGUCUGGAACGCCUACCUAUCUUUCGCGACGCACACCGAGGUCGACUCAAAGAGUCACUGAAGAGCUAAGUUUUUGUUGUGAAGAGUUGGAGGUGGUGUGUUGGCCGUUUUUGCAAAGGAGGCCUAACAAGCCACUAACUCACGUGAAUUUUUCUUCAAGUUUUGAGUUGAAUAUACACAUACGGUUUGAUCUUU